UUACCUACUGUGAUGUGAAUUCCGAGCUUGUGUUGAGUGAGGUUAUGUUAUUGUUUUGUGAUCAUAUUCAAUUAAAACAGCCCCUUUAUUAAUAUUACGCUGUAUUACUUACAUGGAAAGGAAGUUAUCUGCAUAAAAUGUCUACUCGAGAAAUAUUAACUCUACAAUUUGGCCACUAUUCCAAUUAUAUUGGUGCCCACUUUUGGAACAUACAAGAGUUGAGUUUUGACUAUACUGGCACAGCUAAAACUGAAUGUAAUCACGAUAUACUGUACAGGGAAGGUCAAAAUUUAAAAAGCGAAGUUACAUACACGCCCAGAUUACUGUUAGCUGAUUUGAAGGGCUCAUUGAGGACCCUGCCAGCUAGUGGAGGCCUGCCGGAAGAAACAGCUGCACCUGAUGACGUCACGUGGGAACAAGUUGAAACAAUACAAGAGCCUAAACCCCCGAAAAAUGAAUACUUACAGGACCUUGAAUCGGAAACUCCAGCUGACCCUAAAGACUACAAUCUAGAUGAGGAUGUCAAGUCAUGGUCAGAUUACUUAUACCCAAGAUUUCAUUCCCGCACUGUUAAUAUUGUCAAGGAAUACCAUGAAAGUGAAAAUCAAUCAUUUGAUAUCUACAAUUCUGGUCGCUCAUUAUGGAAAUCAGAUUUUGGGGAAAGCUUCAGUGAUAAGAUCAGGAAAUAUGUUGAAGAGUGUGAUAGCAUGCAGGGAUUCCAAGUGAACUUAGACAGCACAGAUGCUUUUGCAGGCCUGGCCCUCGGCUGUGUGGAAUAUAUUGCAGAUGAAUAUUCAAAAACUAUAUUAGCACAUCCUACAAUCCCUUCCUACUUCACAGACAAUAACCCUACAUCUCCAGAAGAAAGGGAAAAAUCUACUGUAAAGGAUUCUGUUAGACUUGUCAAUAUUGCACUUUCAAUGGAAGAGCUUUCACAGUAUGCUAAUAUGUUUGUUCCUCUUUCUACUGGUGAAAAAGGAUGGCGAAAACCAGGGAACCCUCGAUCCUUUGAAUAUGUCAAGUACAAACCAGAUCUCUACUACCAUUCAUCAGCAUUGUUGGCUUCAGCUCUUGACACUCUCAGUCUAAAGUAUAGGUUUAAAAACGCAGCAUACACAUUGUCAGACCUUUGUGCUGAUAUGACCGGUUAUGGAAGGAAAAUGGUGGCAGCAUCUUUAGGAAUACCUUUUGCAAUGCAGGAAUCUAAAUAUUUGAUUGAGCAUCUAAAUGAAGUAACUAAGCCUAUUUACACCUGCAUUACACCAAGCUGUAAAAUUGCUACUGACAAAAUAUUUCAGCUUAUAACAGUCCGUGGCAUACCAGAAAACUUCUUGAAAGCAACAGAUCAGAAAACAAAGCAAGCUAAAGAACAAAUGGGUCUGGCUGCAUAUCGGUGUAACAGUCGGAAAGAGAUGUUUGAAUUAUAUUUCCAGGCAAAUAACUUCUUAUCUGCCACUAACGUCACUAUUGCUGAAAAGCCUUUAGAACUGAAGGGGCCAUUCCCGAGAAUAUUUUCGGACUCACUGGACAAGUAUGGAUUUGUUAAGGAAGAUGCAAACAGUGAGAAAGCAGAAAGUGUUCCAGUAGUGAGUGGAUAUCACAAUGGCAACUUCAUGGCGGACAUGAUAGAGAAACUGCACAGGGAGGUCAGCAGGAUCAAGUUCUCCAAACUUCACAGGUUCAGGGAGGAGGGAUUGGAAGAGGCAGAAUUGAAGGAAAGCUUAGACAGACUAGCAGAAUUUAAAGAUAACUAUGAAGAUGACUUUGAUUUAUAAUACUUCUGUGAUCUAACUAAAAUAAAUGAAGUACUUAAAAUA